AUGGCAGACAACGAAGUUAGCUCACUCGAUCAUAAUCAUCCGUUAUUUUUGCAAGCUUCAGACGCUCCAGGACUAGUCUUAAUUCCGCUCAAGCCCAUAGGCCCAGAAAAUUACGCACUGUGGAGCAGGGCGAUGAAAUUGGCACUCCGGGGAAAGAGCAAGCUUGGAUUUGUGGAUGGAUCUUGUGUAAAAAGUAUGUAUAAAGGUGAAUUAGCAGACCAAUGGGAGAAAUGUAAUGCAAUUGUUCUAUCAUGGAUUGGUAGUACUGUUUCAAAUGAAUUAAUGCCUAGCAUCGUAUAUGCAUCGAAUGCAAAAAAAAGACAAGGAACAGACUCGGUCACUAGCUAUUAUUCGAAAAUGAAGGAUCUAUGGGAUGAACUAGAUGUCAUAACACCUUUGGCUUCGUGUGACUGUGAGGAGUCUAGGCCUUCAGUGGAGCUUUUGAAAAAUAUUCGCCUACUACAGUUCCUUAUGGGAUUGAACGAGAGUUAUAGUAACAUUCAAAGUAAUGUCUUAGCCAAAAAACCUGUGAUCACAGUGAAUGAAGCCUAUGCAAUAGUUACACAAGAAGAAAGUCAAAGAACUCUAGGAGUCACAGACACAUUGAAGGAUCCUCUUACAAUGUUGGCUGGUAAAGGUCAUGAGUUUAAACCUAAGAGGCCAGGAUUAAUCUGUGAUUAUUGUGGCUACAAAGGACAUCUAAAGGAAAAUUGCUACAAGAUAGUGGGGUAUCCACCGGAUUUCAAGAGUAAGAAGAAAGGGCAAAACUCAGGAAGCGGGACCUAUGUGAACAAUGCAACAAGUGAAGAGAAACAUGUGCUUAUGCUGCCAACACAAAGAAAUUUCUUCACUGGGGAUCAAUAUAAACAACUGGUAAAUUUGUUGCAGAAGACUACCACAAAUGAAUGUUCCACUAAUACUGCAAGUAUCAUUACUUUAAUGACAAAUGCAAUUGCAAGUGAUCAUGUUUGGAUAGUGGAUUCAGGUGCUACUCACCAUGUGACACAUUGUAAGAAUGCUCUAAAUAAUCUUAGAAAAGCAGAUCAUAAAGCAGAUGGAGUACAGCUGCCUACAGGCAGUAGAGCAGAAAUUAUACAUACACGAGAUGCAGUAGUUUUAGGGAAUAAAAUUAUUGAAGGAGUAUUGUAUGUGCCAGAUUUUAAAUUCAACUUAUUGUCAGUGUCAAAGCUCACUAGACAAUUAUGUUGCUCAGUUAGGUUUUAUCCUGAUUUCUGUAUAUUUCAGGGGCUUUACAAUGGCAAGGUGAUGGGAAUUGGUAGAGAAAACAAUGGAUUAUAUCUGAUAAAAGAAAAUUUACCAACAACAACAAUUAGUUUAUUGAAGGAACAUGGAAAAACAACAUUGUAUUUGAGGCUAGGCCAUACAUCAACAAAAUCUAUGCAACAUAUUUCAGAACUAAAGAAUAAGAUACAAGCUGGAGAGCAGGACAACUGUGAAGUGUGUCCUUUGGCAAGGCAAUAUCGACUACAGUUUCCACUUAGUAGCACUAGAUCAAGUAGUAUUUUCAACUCAUACACAUGGAUGUUUGGGGAUCUCAUAAGUAUUUUGCAAGGAAAAUCCUCUUAUGAGCUAUUGUUUGGAAAGCCAGCCAAAAUAGAUCACUUAAGGGAGUUUGGUUGCUUAUGUUAUGCAAGUAACCUGCCUAAAGGUGAUAAGUUCACAGCUAGAGCAAAAAGGGUUGUCCUUGUUGGAUACUCAGAAACACAAAAGAGUUAUAGGCUGUAUGAUUUGGAGAAUAAAAGGGUAUUUGUUAGCAGAGAUAUGGUAUUUAAAGAGCAUGUCUUUCCUUUUGAGAAAACUACUGAUUAA